AUGUCUGGGAAUCCGCCGCAGGAGGAGGACAAGAAGCCGGCGGAGCAGUCGGCGCACAUCAACCUCAAGGUUAAGGGCCAGGUAGUUCGCGAGAUCAUCUGGACAUGGUCUCUCCUGAAGCUUUCAGUUUAAUCGCAAGCGUUGUCGUUUCUUUUGGGCCGGGUGAGGUUUCAUUGGUGUGGAAUGAAGGAUUUCAGUUGUCGCAUCUCCCCUGCCCCUUUCAGUUGGUCGCUCCGUUCUCUUCGCGCGGAUCUUCAGAAGAUUGUUAUCACUAGCAAUACUCUACUUCGUUCUCUAGGCUAACAUGAUCUCCAGUUGAGAACAAGCGAAUCGGCAUCUCGAGGCGAUUUUCUGUUCUCCCUUCACUCCUCUUUGGUAGUUAGUCGAGCAGUCAGUAGAACAUGGCUGAUCAUAAUCGCAUUAAAUCUAGGAAGGCCAUGGACGGGAGCUAGGUUUUCCGCAUUUGAAAUAAAUGCUUUCAAAUAUAUGUAUCCCCAGCCGAGCGCUGAGGUCUUCACGUAGGAAUCUCGUAACUUAAAAUGCUACUUUUUUUGUUAUUAUUAUUAUUAUUAUUAGUAUUAUUAUUAUUAUUAUUACUAUUAUUAUUAUUAUUAUUAUUAUUAUUAUUAUGUCUACUUAUUUUAGAGCGAGAUGGCUGCAGUUUUGAGCCUGUCUUCUUUGAUUUGUGUUCGUCGUUGGGUAAUAGGUCGAUCAUAAAGCGAGCGUGAUUUUGGUAUCUACGGGGAAGCUCGCGGGUAUCUAGCAUGGAUUUAUUCGCUUUUUUACAUGGGUGUCUAGCAAUAUCUGCGAUCAUCUUGCUGAUCCAGGAUGAGCAUCUGUGAUGACCAAUUGCUGUUUUUUUUUUCAUCUCAUCAGAGAGACCGAUGAGGAUAUUAAUUUCACGUUCUGUUCCCGUAUUCCUGCUGCUUGAGCAGCUGCAUCAGUCUCUGCUGUAUGUAGAUGAAAACCGAGUGGAUUCUCUCGCUGGAUUCUUGCCUACUGAUGGACCUCCUCCCCCCAAAUCAUUCUGAACGAACCGAUCGAUCUCUCCGAUGCCCAUCUGCCACUGUGGGCCGGAGAUUUUUUUUAAGGAACUGUUUUUGUCAUGUGAUUGAAUGAUUGAUUGAUUGAUUAAUUGGGGUUCUUGCCAGGACGGGAACGAGGUGUUCUUCAGGAUCAAACGCGCCACCCAGCUGCGGAAGCUGAUGAACGCGUACUGCGACCGACAGUCCGUGGACUUGCAGUCCAUUGCGUUCCUCUUCGACGGCAGGAGGCUCCGAGGAGAGCAGACUCCCGACGAAGCAAGUCAACGCGUCCUUUAUUUUUUUAUUCGUCCUUUUUGCCGGUAUUGCCCAGUUGGUGAUAUUCUCUCGUGUUCUUAUUUUUUUGGUAUCCAGCUGGAAAUGGAGGAUGGGGACGAGAUCGACGCCAUGCUCCACCAAACCGGCGGCGGUUUCUGA